UAGUACUAUAUGUAUUAUACACCUAAUAAUUUGGUGUGGCUCUUAACCAAAAAUAAUAUGACGUAGAUACGCUUAUGGUCGUUGCAUGGAAGAAAUAUAAAUAUAAACCCUCUUUUUUCUGUCAUUUAUGGUUUUAGGUUUCUAUUGUUUUUGAGUGAUGCAAAUUAAGGUAAUUUUAGCACACGGAUCGGUUCACAAUUCUAAUCGAUCUUUGCAUUUAAAAUAAGAAAGGGACAUUGACGUUUUCUAUUCCCAACACAAAGGAAGACAAAAAAGAAGAGAUAAUUGGAAACCAUAUGUAGAUGUAACGAAUCCUAUAUCCAAACUAACACUCACAAUUAAUGUAUCCCAUCCAACAAAUUAAAAGCCAAGUUGACGUAACAAAUCAUACUUGUUUAGCUUUCCUCUAUAAAUUAAUCAACCAUGUAUUCAUCGUCAUUCACACAAUAUGAAUACAAAAAUGGUGAAGUCAAUGGUUGUUCUUGCCCAAAUCCCACUUGUUGCGCUGUUUCCUCUUUGUAUAUGUUAUCAAACACAUGAAAGCACGAGUUCUGCCUCUCUAUCCCCUCAGUUUUACGACAACUCGUGCCCAAACGCACAAGCCAUCGUUCAAUCUUACGUCGCCAAAGCAUAUUCCAAUGACCCUCGCAUGGCUGCCUCAAUUCUUAGGCUCCAUUUCCAUGACUGUUUCGUUAAUGGAUGUGAUGCUUCCGUACUAUUGGACAGUAGUGGAACCAUGGAAAGCGAGAAACGAUCAAAUGCAAAUCGAGACUCUGCUCGAGGGUUCGAAGUCAUUGACGAGAUCAAGUCGGCCUUGGAAAAUGAAUGUCCUGAAACAGUUUCUUGCGCCGAUCUAUUGGCUCUCGUUGCUAGAGACUCCAUUGUUAUUUGUGGUGGACCUAGUUGGGAAGUAAAUCUUGGAAGAAGAGAUGCAAGGGAAGCAAGUUUGAGUGGUUCCAUGGAGAACAUUCCUUCUCCCGAGUCCACGUUACAAACAAUUGUCAACAUGUUCAACCUUCAAGGACUUGAUCUCACCGAUCUUGUUGCCCUCUUAGGGAGUCACACGAUAGGAAACUCGAGGUGUAUUGGUUUCCGACAAAGGUUAUACAACCAUACUGGAAACAACGAUCCCGACCAGACUUUGAAUCAAGACUACGCCUCUAUGUUGCAGCAGGGAUGUCCGAUUUCGGGCAACGACCAGAACCUCUUUAAUCUUGACUACGUGACGCCAACUAAGUUUGACAAUUACUACUUCAAGAAUCUGGUGAACUUUAGAGGACUCUUGAGUUCUGAUGAGAUUUUGUUCACGCAAAGCAGUGAGACCAUGGAGAUGGUCAAGUUUUACGCGGAGAAUGAGGAAGCCUUCUUUGAGCAGUUCGCGAAGUCGAUUGUGAAGAUGGGGAACAUCUCACCGUUGACGGGGACAGAUGGUGAGAUCAGGAGGAUCUGCCGGAGGGUUAACCAUGAUUUUUGAGUGAGUUUCUUUAUUGGAUAGUUAAAGUUAAAUGUUUUGGUUAACGUUAAUAUUUUUUGUUAAGUUUGAUUACUGUUGGCCUUCUGUUUAAUUUAUUUUUAUUUGUUUUUAAGUAAUUUAUGAGUUUGGUGAUUGUAUGGUAUACCCAAAAGGCCAAAAAAAUAACGAUUUUUAUUGCAACUGAAUUUGC